AUGCGAGUGUUCAGCUGUGGCAGGGAGAACACAAUUGUGGUAAAUGGGGCGAAUACUUUUGGGGAUAAAGUAAAUUUGUAUGAUGCAGACUUUUGGCGGCAAAGUGUCACAAUCUGAAGUUCCAGACAAAAAUGGCGCCUGUGAAGAAGCCGCAGAGCUCGUAUCUGAUCUUCUGCAAUGAGCGACGCAAGCAGGUGAUGGAUGAGAACCCAGGCACACGUAUCGGCGACAUCCAGAAGAUCAUUAGUGCGCAGUGGAAAGAGCUCAAGCCCGAGGAGAAGGACGUGUAUGUGGAGCUGGCUGCCAAGGACAAGGCACGCUACGAACAGGAGUUGCUGGACAACCCGCAGGUCAAUGAGGAGCCCACUGCAGAGGACAAGGCAGCGCAAGACUCCAAUGCCUGUAUCUAUCCGUUGGGAAGAGUACGGAGGAUCGUGCAGAGCGAUCCUGACGUUGGCAAGGUCUCAAAGGACGCACUCAUUGCCAUCGCCAAGGCUUCGGAGCUGUUUGCUCAGUUUCUAGGCACCAAGAGCUACGAGCAAGCGCUGUACCGUAACAAGCGGCAGAUCAAGGCGUCGGACGUGACACGCACUAUUCAAACCACAGCGUCGUUGGAUUGGCUUCGCGAAGACUUUCCUGACGUCAAGCCCACUCCGAGGGACAUUGCAGCUGAAAGUAAGGCGAAGAAGGACCAGGAAAAGGAGAAGAAGACAUUACCUGACAGUGCGUCCUUCUUCAAGCCUAGGACUGCUGGAGAUGCAAAUGCAACGGCAGCCGAAGAGUAGAAUUCACCAACUAAAGCUAAUGUAUAUCCAGCGAAAAUCCCGCGAUGCCUCAAGGCUCAAAUGGAAUGGAAAAAUCGGGAGCUCUAUUUAAUUGCAACUGAAGGGGCCAGCAGCGACAGCAAACACGACGUAUCCUGUCCGCGCUGCUUUUUCCUGCCUUGUACGCCUAGAAAAUGUCGUUCCAGUCAUCGAACUCCUCGUCUUCGUCCUCUUCCUCCUUCUGCUCCACGACCUCUUCGACCACAGGCUCCACACGCGGGAUGAGACCACGACGACCAGCAAUCUUGGCGACCAGUGAACCUUCCGGGAUGUUAGGCACCACUCCUUCCGGGAACUUGAUAGACUCGAGGUACACCUUGUCACCCACGUGCAGGCCAUUGACGUCGAUCUGAAGCGUAGUCGGGAUUUUGUCCGUAGAGAUGGUGCAGUCAAGUGAGUGGUAGAUGUGGUUGAUGAAGCCUCCGCGCUUAAGACCAGGGCUGCCUUCCUCAUUCAAGUACGUGAUAGGGAUGGACACAGUACGCCCAGGCUUGUAACGAAGGAAGUUCACGGCCAAAGGCACGUCGGUCACGGGGUCCAGCUGCACGUCACGCAUAUAGGCCUUGACGGGCGCCUGGCCGCCCACCUGGACGUGGAACACUUGGUUCUCUAUGGACGUCCAGAGCUUGCGGUGCUCACGCUCGAAGGCACGCGUCGGGAAUGAGACCAACACGCGCUCAUCCUUGCCGUCCUCGCCCUCACCGUAGAGUACGCCCGGCAGCAGACCCUGCUUGCGCAGACGCCGAGAUGCACGUGAUCCCUCACCUUCACGCACCACGAGCUGCAGCACGUUUGAAGAAGCCUCCUGAGUAGCAGCGGCCGCAGCCGAGAAGCGAGCCACCUGAGCGCCAGAGCGCAUCGCGUGCCGCUGGAGCGCCAACAUCCUUCGCCAAUACCAAGCGUCUGCAAUGACAAUGCUGGGCCACACAAGCCAAAAGGUUUGUGGUCGCAAUCGAUUACGACGAGGUAAUAAAUUAGAGAGUAAUUUUAAACUGGCGAAGUGCAACUGUAGUUUGUAGCCAUCUAAAUAAUAAAAAAUAUAGCAGGAAGCAUGUUCAAAUAU